AUGUGGUGGCCACCCCCUGGCGUUGCACCUUCGGGUGCCCUAGCGGGAGCGGCUGCUUCAUCUACCGCCGCCGGCGCUGGCGCGGAGGGUGCUCCCCGGCCGAUCUUCAAUGGUGGCCUGCCUUCCUCGACCACUGCGCCCCCACCGCCGUAUGGUGGUCAUCCGCCGCCGUCGGCCUACGGCGCCCCUUCUGCGCCGAUCUACGGCGCCCACUAUGCGCCGCCCUACGGUGCCUCCGCACCCCCUGUUGGUGCCCCGUCCCCGCCUGGCUGGCCGGCGCCGCCGCCAACCUACGGCGCGUCGCCCCACCAGCAGUACGCGGCACCUCCGCUGCCGCCCUAUGGGGCUCCUGCUGCCCCGAUCGCCCCUUAUGGCGCCUAUCCAUCAUCGGCGUAUGAUGGGGCAGCGCCUGCCCUUGGGGCCUCCUCGGCGCUCACCGCCCCUGCCGCCUCCUUGGAGAUGGCUAUGUCGAGGGUACUACUCGCCAAUGCCCUCCGAUAG